UAUGCGGCAAUGUCAUACUCAUCAACAACAGUUUCAUCUUCCCCGAUAGAGGGACAGAAGCCGGGGACGAGCGGACUAAGGAAAGCUGUCAAAGUCUACUUGCAAAAAAAUUACACGGAAAAUUUUGUGCAGAGUAUACUGGAAGGGGGGUUAAGUAAAAUAGAGGGUUCGACUCUAGUCAUUGGAGGCGAUGGACGAUACUAUGAAAAGGAGGCAACAUUGCUCAUCAUUAAAAUGUGUGCAGCAAAUGGGGUGUCUAAAGUAAUAGUUGCUCAGAAUGGUUUAAUGUCAACACCAGCAGUAUCCUGUGUCAUUCGUAAAUACAAAACUAAUGGUGGAAUUAUUUUGACUGCAAGUCACAAUCCUGGGGGCCCAGAUGCUGAUUUUGGCAUAAAGUUCAAUACUGAAAAUGGAGGUCCAGCUCCAGAAAAUGUAACAGACAAAAUAUUUGAAAGAACAAAAAGCAUCUGUCAGUACAAGAUUUGUCCUGAUUUGAAUGCUGAUAUCUCCAAAGUUGGCCUUUCUACUUACACGGUUGAUGGUAAAGAGUUCAGUGUUCAGGUCAUAGACUCUGUGUUGGAUUAUGUGGAGUACAUGAAGGAAAUAUUCGACUUCCCUGCUCUGAAAAACUACCUGUCCACAGGGAAACAAGUGCUUAUUGAUGCAAUGAAUGGAGAAGGAAGAGGAACAAGAAUCCCCAGUGCCAAUAAUGAAGGAAAAGGGUGACCACAAAACAGUGAAGGAUAAGAAGGAUCAUCACCACCACCACAAGGAUAAAAACACACACAUCCCGAGGAUCACCACAAGGCCCCUCAUCAUGGCGACGGACACGGGAAAGGCGCGAAUACGAGUCCCGCGCAUGCGGCUUACACGGGUCGCCAGAGGACUUUCUCACACAGGGAUACCUCGCAUUCGAUCUCUUCCAGUAAAGGCCAUGCCAAGCACCCCACUAUUAGGUCACAUACC